GUUUUGACCGCACGAAAAGGAGAGAGUCCAGUUUGGGAAAAGCGUGUUUGAUUUCCAGGGGAUGCAGCAUCAGAUAGCCCAGGUGGCCACGCAGCUGGAGGCGGCGCGGCUGCUGACCUACAACGCAGCCCGCCUGGCAGAGGCUGGAAGGCCAUUCAUCAAGGAGGCCAGCAUGGCCAAGUACUACACUGCUGAGGUUGCAACCCUGACAACUAGUAAAUGUAUUGAAUGGAUGGGUGGUGUUGGAUUCACAAAAAAUUACCCAAUAGAAAAGUACUAUCGGGACUGCAAGAUAGGUACAAUAUAUGAAGGAACUUCAAAUAUCCAGUUGAGCACCAUUGCAAAAAGCUUAGCACAGGAGUACUGAAACCAUAAGGACUUCUUGACUGUCAUCAGAAAUAGUUUCCCUGAACACUCAUUGUGAAUGCCAUAUUUAUUUGUAA